AUGGCGGCCAAAGAGGAUUGGGAAAAGUAUAAGAAGCCUGUCGAUGACGCCGACGAGGAAACAAAAGAGGAGAAGAUCACUCCAUUGAGUGAGGGCGAUAUCCAAGUUCUGAAGACCUACGGAGCAGCUCCAUACAGCCAGUCGAUCCGCGACAUUGAGAAAGACCUGAAAGAAUUGGAAGGCCGUAUCAAGGAGAAAAUUGGAAUUGAGGAGUCCGAUACCGGUCUCUCGAGUCCAAACUUGUGGGAUGUGGCCGCUGACCGGAAGAGAAUGAGCGAAGAACAACCAUUGCAAGUGGCACGGUGUACCAAGAUGAUUGAGCCUUCCGCAGAAGAAGAGGCCGACGCAAAAACGAAAUACGUGAUAAAUAUCAAACAAAUUGCCAAGUUUGUUGUUGGAUUGGGUGAAAGAGUGUCUCCGACCGACAUUGAAGAAGGAAUGAGAGUUGGUGUGGACAGAACAAAGUACGAGAUCCAGCUGCCUCUUCCACCAAGAAUCGAUCCUAGUGUGACGAUGAUGACUGUUGAAGAGAAGCCAGAUGUGACAUACAGCGAUGUCGGUGGCUGUAAGGAACAGAUCGAGAAACUGAGAGAAGUUGUUGAGUUACCUUUGUUGUCGCCAGAGAGAUUUGUCAAGUUGGGAAUUGACCCUCCAAAAGGUAUUUUGUUGUACGGUCCGCCAGGAACAGGUAAAACUUUAUGUGCACGUGCCGUGGCCAACAGAACAGACGCUACAUUCAUCAGAGUCAUUGGUUCGGAGCUUGUUCAGAAAUACGUCGGAGAAGGUGCAAGAAUGGUGAGAGAGCUUUUCGAGAUGGCGAGAACGAAAAAGGCAUGCAUCAUUUUCUUUGACGAAGUCGACGCUAUCGGAGGUGCAAGAUUCGAUGACGGUGCUGGAGGAGACAACGAGGUGCAAAGAACCAUGUUGGAAUUGAUUACCCAAUUGGACGGUUUCGACCCUAGAGGAAACAUCAAGGUGAUGUUUGCCACAAACAGACCAAACACAUUAGACCCUGCAUUGCUUAGACCUGGAAGAAUCGACAGAAAAGUGGAAUUCUCGCUACCUGACCUUGAAGGUCGUGCCAAUAUCUUCCGGAUUCACUCCAAGUCCAUGUCAUGCGAACGCGACAUACGUUGGGAGCUGAUUUCUAGACUGUGUCCAAAUGCCACUGGAGCAGAGCUCCGGUCGGUGUGUACAGAGGCCGGUAUGUUUGCGAUCCGGUCGAGAAGAAAGGUUGCUACAGAGAAGGAUUUCUUACAGGCUGUCGAGAAGGUUAUCAAGGGAAACAUGAAGUUCAGCUCAACAUCGAGAUACAUGCAAUACAAUUAA